AGUUCUUUGCAGAAGAUUAUUUGACCAGAACUAGAGGAUCACGAUGACAAGAUUCAUCUGUUUAAUGCUAAUAGCUGUUGUGGGAGCUUCUGCAAGCAAAACACAGGAAUUUGAAGACAAUAACGAGGAAACAGAACAAGAAUUCAUUUAUAUGAACAGAUAUAAGCGUUCCAGUGACACACAGGACAAAUGCACUUACACCUUUAUUGUACCUCAACAGAGAGUGACGGGCGCCAUUUGUGUUAAUUCUAAGGAGCCUGAAGUUCUACUUGAAAACAGAGUAAACAAACAAGAAUUACAGUUACUUAACAAUGAACUUCUUAAACAAAAGAGACAAAUAGAAACUCUUCAGCAGCUUGUAGAGGUGGAUGGUGGGAUUGUUAAUGAGGUUAAGCUGUUAAGAAAAGAGAGCAGAAAUAUGAAUUCUCGUGUCACACAACUCUACAUGCAGUUAUUACAUGAAAUUAUCCGAAAACGUGACAAUGCCUUAGAACUUUCUCAACUUGAGAAUAAGAUUUUGAACCAAACUGCAGACAUGUUGCAGCUUGCAAACAAAUACAAAGACUUAGAGCACAAGUACCAACAUUUGAUGUCAAUUGCCAAUAAUCAGUCAAUAAUAAUUGCCCAACUGGAAGAACACUGCCAAAGAAUGCCAUCCAUAAAGCCACUGCCACAAACUCCACAGCCACCAAAUAAAGUGUACCAGCCUCCUACUUACAAUCGCAUUAUUAACCAGAUAUCUACUAAUGAGAUUCAGAGUGAUCAGAACUUAAAGGUUCUGCCACCUACUUUACCAACCAUGCCUGCAGUUACUAGUAUUCCGACUUCAACUGAUAAACCAUCUG